AUGGCUGAAGUUCCCACCUUCAAGCUCGUCCUCGUUGGCGACGGCGGUACCGGCAAGGCACGUUCAUCUCCAACUCUCGACUUUGCAUCGUCCGCCGACCUGCGCAUCGCUUCCAUCUGUUCACUNAACCUCGGCCAGAUCCAGUUCGAUGUUUGGGACACCGCAGGUCAGGAGAAGUUCGGUGGUCUCCGUGACGGUUACUACAUCAACGGCCAGUGCGGUAUCAUCAUGUUCGAUGUCACCUCGCGCAUUACCUACAAGAACGUCCCCAACUGGCACCGUAAGCUCAAACACCUCCCGGCCCCCGCCUUUUUCCCAGGCCCAAGAUUGCCAGCCCCGCUAACACGCCCCACCCACAGGNNUGACCUCGUCCGUGUCUGCGAGAACAUCCCCAUCGUUCUCACCGGCAACAAGGUCGAUGUCAAGGAGCGCAAGGUCAAGGCCAAGACCAUCACCUUCCACCGCAAGAAGAACCUCCAGUACUACGACAUCUCGGCCAAGUCCAACUACAACUUCGAGAAGCCCUUCCUGUGGCUCGCAAGAAAGCUUGUCGGCAACCAGACUCUUGACUUUGUCGCUGCCCCCGCCCUUGCUCCCCCAGAGGUCCAGGUCGACGAGGCCGUUCUCAAGCAGUACCAGCAGGAGAUGGAGGCUGCCUCCAACAUGCCCCUCCCCGACGAGGACGAUGCCGACCUCUAA